AUGGCUAUAGCUUAUAGUGGCUACAUUGCACCUGAACAUAAUCAACCUGGAAAUGGGAACAUUCAGGCUGACGUGUAUGCAUUUGGGGUGUUGCUUUUGGAGCUUCUCACAGCAAGGAAGCCUUUUGACUACUUGAAGCCCACAGCAGAGCAAUAUCUGGUGAGAUGGGUUUCAUCGAAGCUUCACGAAAGCUCGUCUUUGGCAAAGAUGGUCGAUCCAACCAUUGCAAGAACCAUCUCCUCCAAGUCCCUCUCCUAUUUUGGUGACAUCAUCUAUCUUUGUAUUCAGGUAUUCAGCUUGAAGCCCACAGCAGAGCAAUAUCUGGUGAGAUGGGCUUCAUCGAAGCUUUACGACAGCUCGUCUUUGGCAAAGAUGGUCGAUCCAACCAUUGCAAGAACCAUCUCCUCCAAGUCCCUCUCCUAUUUUGGUGACAUUAUCUCUCUUUGUAUUCAGAUAUUCAGGUACUCACAUAGGUCAUUGUCGCCACCCAUAGCCCACGGUAACAUAAAGGCUGCGAAUAUCUUGCUUGAUGAAUAUCUUAUGCCCCACGUUUGUGAUUAUGGUCAAGCUAUCUUGAGGCCCCUUGCCUGCAACUCAUUUAAGAUCAAGGUAAUAAGCUAG